CAGACAUGUGACCAGGUUUGGCCAAUCAAAUUUGUGUGCUGAGAAUUUUCAGUCUGCAGCUUGGGAUCCAGAGAACGAGGAUAGCACCCCCUGUGUUGGUGCUGGACUCCUCAGCAGGCUGGUUCUGUGGUAUGAUGCUUUCUGUGGUUCUGGGUGCAUAACUUCUCUUUGAUCUGCCUGUUUUCUGAGCCUGGUCCCUGGGCUUUCUGACAAUUUGAAGGAUGGCCGUGUUCACCAAACCAUAACAGAAGAUGAUGAUGAAACCACACUGUCAAAACAAAUGGAGCAGGAGAAAAUGCCUCCUCCCCACAAACCAAAGAAGCCUGGACAGUUUAAAAACAAUGCAAUGAAUGAUGAUGAAAAAAACAUAUUGAUGAAACAGAAACUGAAAGAGGAAAGGAGUAAGAUACGAGAACCUCUUCUUCCACGCCAAACAAAGAAGCCACCUGGUGACAUUGAACAGGCCUCCACGAAAAUCCAGGCCUGGUGGCGGGGCACGCUGGUGCGACGCACACUACUGCACGCGGCCCUCAGAGCCCUGAUCAUUCAGUGCUGGUGGAGGCAGGUGCUGGCAAGGCUGCAGGCGAAGAGGCGGCGGGCGGCGCUGGAGCUCUGCACACGGCAGCUAUGGGCAGCAGUCAGGCUGCAGUCCUGGGUCCGCAUGUGGCGUGUCCGCCGUCGUUACUGUCGUUUGCUCAAUGCUGUCCGCAUCAUCCAGGUCUACUGGCGCUGGAGAAGUUGCCAUACCCGUGGCUUUUUCCAUGGCAGCUAUGAGCUCUCAACAAGCCAGCUGAGUCUUGAGCUUGACAUCUUCCUGGGAUCACAGAUUUGCCGAAUUACAGACUGCAUCCCCUUCCCAAUAAAGAACUGACCAGGUCUGCUCCAA